AUGUGCUCAGACGUAGAAUGGAGAGCAAACAGCCUAAAAGCAGUGGAGCCCUACAACUAUCGCCUGACAGCAACAGCACAUGAUAUAGACAGCUUUGAUGAGGUUGAUGAAGACGAUGCCUUCGAAGCUGACCUUCUAGAGAAGUUGGACUCCAGAGGCAUGUGCAAGCUGCGGGAACAUUUCUUCUGCAAGGAAGGCCAAAAAUAUGACCAACAGAGGAAGCUGUCAGGCAGCAUUCCUGGUUACAAAUACUCUGGGUUGUCACUCAACAGAGACGAGUUCAUCGAGGCGAUGGAAAGCGCUAUGGGUGCGCCUGUGGAAGCGGCGGUUGGCGCCCGGCUGUUCGGCGCGCUGGACGCCCACAACCGCGGCCUGGUGUGGUGGGAGGAGGUCCUGGACUACCUGAUCGACAAGGCGGGCCGCCGCGACCGCGACAGACUCUCCUGGCAGCCGCUGGAGGCUCGACACACCGUGCACCACCUGCCGCACUGCAAGCGCGAGCCGGUGCUGCGGGUGCUGGGGCUGCGGACGGCGAGCUCGUUCUGCUACCUGGCGGCGUGCCGGCUGGGCCGCGUGGGGCUGUACGGCGGGCGGCUGGAGCCGCUGGAGGAGUACGUGCUGCCGCUGGGGGCGACGCGCCGCCGCCGCCUCGCGCACACCUGGCUCACCGACGCGCUGCACCUGCCCGACGCCGCCGCCGUGCUCUACCUCGCCUCCGACCGCAGCCUGCUCCUCUACGACGCUUCCUGCUUAGUGCACACGCCAUUGUGCGUGGUGAGUGGGAUGCGGAACGUGGCCGAGUGUGCGUGCUACGCAGCCUCCGACGUGCACGCAUCGGGCCGGUCCACGCUCUACAUGGGAGACGACCACGGCAACGUCAUCACACUCGUCUUUCACCAGCCGCGGGUCUCGCUCUUCCGCAAGAAGCACCCUGACAAACUCGACAGAUACUACUGGGUGGAGCUGGAGCAGCAGACGGAGUGGGUGUCGGUGCGGGUGGACGAGGGCGUGCACGCCGGCGCGGUGCGGCAGCUGGCCUACUGCCCGGACAACGACACCCUGGUCUCCUGCAGCCACGACCCCGCCGCCACCGUCGUCGUCAGGCACGCCCCCGCGCGCCGCGCCCCCUACAUCUUCCGGCUCGCCAGGGGCGUGCGCUGUUUCCACAUGGAGCGCCGCCUAAAGCUUUUGGCCACGGGCAGCAGCGACUGCGUGGUGCGACUCUGGAACCCCGUGGUCACAAACCAGCCCACAGCUUCGCUCUUCGGCCACACGGCUGCCGUCGUCGACGUGCUCGUCAUGCCAGACAUGGACGUCGUCUUCAGUUGUUCCACUGACGGGGUGGUGAAGGCGUGGGACGUGUGGGACCAGUGCUGCGUGCAGACAGUGAGUGUGCGCGGACCCCUAGACCUGGGGCUGGAGCACGGCGCGCUGUCGCUGGCGGCGGGAGGCCGCUGUCUACUGCCGCCGCCGCUGCCGCCGCCAUCGCGCGAGCACCGACCCGCCGUGCCGUCACCCUGGCAGGCGGCAGAAGCGCGCGGCAUCAUUACCCCGGACUCGUCAGUCUACAGCCAGUCCAGUGUAUGUGGCGACAGCGAGAGCGGAUCUCCUUCACAGUCGCCGUCGCCACCACCACCACCACCCAGCAACCACGACAGACCGGAAACGCCGGAGGCUGUCGCCACUUCCGGUCGCAUGCCCGAGCUGCCGCCGCCACCGGUGUUGCCUCACUCUCCCGGGCCGCCGCACGAUCUGCAUUCGCGCCGCGCGCGCCACGAACGGCGGAUCCGCGAACUGCGCCCGGUGGUGGGGCAGUGCGCGCCGCACCUGGCUCUGGCGCUGCACGAGCCAGUGGAACUGCGGCUGUCGCCAGCGCUGCCACCGCCGCCCGGACUGGCGGCGCGACACCCGGAGCGCACGGCGCGCCUGCUGCAGCAGCCGGAGCGGCUGGCGAGAGCGCGACUGCUGUCGCCAAGCUCCGUGUCCGUGCUGAGCGCCCGUAGCGCCAGCAGCAGUGACACACGCAAGUAG